AUGCUCUCCUUCCCUGACUCGCAUUCGACUCCUGUUCCACAGCCGCGCGAGCAGCCGCCUCCUGACAUUCCAGCCUCGCCUCAUGAUUUGCAGUGGCCUAUUGAUCGCGUCAUUGCUUGGCUCGCCGACAAUGGCUUUUCUCACAUCUGGCAAGAAGCUUUCAAGCAUCUCAAUAUCCAGGGCUCUCAAUUUCUCGAGAUUGGCCGUUCGCAAGGAAACAAGCCUAACGUUGCUUUUUUGCAUAACCUUGUCUACCCUCAACUGCAAAAGGAAUGUCAAAGUGCUGGUAUAGUAUGGGAUCAGGCUAGAGAUCGCGAGGAUGGCAAAAAGAUCCGUAGGCUCAUCCGCAGAAUUGUAGAGACCGGAGGCACCAGUGCCAAUGGAAGCAGUUCCUCAAGUUUGCCUUCGCGACAAAGGAGAGAGUCGUCUCAGUUUCCACCAAGCGCGGAUACCGAUGGUGCCAUCGAGAGUUCACCUAUGAUGACUCGGCACGAGAUGGCCUUUGGUUCCACUCCCACGACCGCUGGUGGAGGCGAAGACAGUCCUGGCCUCCAGAUG